CACUAUUACUCUGACUCUGGUAACGUGACUUCCUGGUAACGUGUUAGGUAGGAAAAGCAGUAAAAAAGUGCAUAUUAAGGGAGCAGAUUUGAAAUAAUAUUUAUACUUAACAAGAAAUAAUUAAAGGUUCAAUGGGGAGACCUAAAGAUUUACGCAUAUGGGAGCACUACCGUACUUUACCAAACAAGUCUGUUUCUUGCAAGCUUUGUAAUAAGGUCUACAAAUUCAGUAAUGCUGCCAAAAUGCUUCAACAUCUUAUCACUUGUCCAAAAUCUCCAGAAACAUUAAAAGACUCUAUGAAACUUAUAAAAGAUAGCUCGUCCAAAACCAAAAUGUCUGGACUGUCAGAGAUAGAGACAAAUGAUUCUUUUAUAAGCCCCUCGUCGUCUGCUAACACUACAAUAAAUGCUGAGUUUCAAGACACCGAUGAUCAUAUAAAAACAGAAUUAGCGAGAGCUAUAUUUGUAACAGGGACGCCAUUAUCGAUGGUGCAACAUCCUUUAUGGAUACAAUUUUUCGAAAAAUUGCAACCAAAAUUUAAAAUACCUUCACGUAAAGCUUUAGCGACAAAAUACUUAGAUAAAAUAUAUAGAGAAAUGCGUUUUGAGUUAAAUGAGGAACUAAAUGCUUGUAGUUACUUACACCUUCAGUGCGAUGGCUGGUCUAAUUUAAGAAAUGAAGGAAUAAUAAACUUUCUUAUAUCAAAACCUCAACCUGCAUACGUUAAAAGUUUGAAUACAGAAAGUAAUCCUCACACUAGUGAAUACCUUAGCCAAGAAGUUGAAAAAGUAAUGAAAGUGUAUGGAGCAAAUAAGUUUCUUGUACUUAUUGGCGAUAACGCUAGAAAUAUACAAAAGGCAUUCGAAUUAACAAAACUCAAAUAUCCACAUGUUGUUCCUCUCGGUUGCUGUGCACAUAUCCUUAACUUGUUGUGCCAAGAUAUUGUAAAGAUACAAGAAGUAUCUGUGUUUAUUAUGCAAGCCAUAAAUAUAAUAAAAACUGUUAAAAGGAGUCAACGAUUAAGUUCCUUGUUGAUAAAAUCAAGGCAGGGUGAAGAUUCUACACAAACACUAAAAUUGCCUUGUGCUACAAGAUGGGGAAGUCAUGUUACUUCGUUAAAAAGUUUGAAAGCAAAUAAGAUAGCUUUGCAAAUAUUAACAGUUAGAGAAGAUGUGGUAAUUUCAAGAGAUAUUAAAGAUUUAAUUCUAAGUGAUGAUUUCUGGACGAAGACAGGGGAAUGUAUAAGUAUUUUGGAACCAGUCACUGAAAGCAUAUUUUACUUAGAGAGCGACCAGAAUCGUUUGCAUCGCACAUACAUUACAUUUAGAGAUGUACAAGCUAAGAUACGUUUUGCAUUAAAUGAGAUUUCGACAUUGAGCGAAGAAAGCAAACAGCAGAUUCUAACAUCAGUAUCUUCAAGAUGCAAUAUGGCAAUGAGGCCAAUACAUUUUGCAGCAUAUAUUCUAGACCCCAGGACUCUAGGAGUCGAACUUACUCAAGAGGAAGAACUUAAGGGUAUGGAGUUUAUCUACAAUUUAAGCCAACACUUAAGUUUGUCAAAUGUAAUGGCAGAUUUGGCGUGUUAUAAAGCUAAAGAAAACUUUUGGGCCAGAGGAUUUGUAUGGAGCUCAUUAGAUAGCAUUGAGCCCCUAAUAUGGUGGAAAGGUAUUUGUGGUUCCACUGAGUUAAGCAAAGUAGCGAUUCGUAUUCUAUCAGCUCCCUGUACUUCGGCAGCCACUGAGCGUUCCUUUAGUAUCCAAGGCUACAUACAUAAUAACAAAAGAAAUCGACUUACAACUGAAAGAACUGAAAAAAUUUCAUUCAUUUGUUAUAACUGGAAUCUUAAACAUAAAGCUGAAUGCGAGGACAUUCAGUUUAAUGAAGAAAAUACCUUAGAAGCUUUCAUUGAGCAAGUAAAUGAACAUAACAGUUUAGACGAAAUAGAGCCUAUCGAACCUAUACAAUUCAUCGCUUGUAAUAACUCUGAAUCUGACAGUGAUUGACUGUAGUUUUACAUUUUACUUUCAUCUCUUUCUUAAUAAACUCAAAAUCAAAUUAAAAGUUUUUUAUUCUGUAGGCUGCAUAAUAAUAUUGUCUAUGUCCAGUAUAGUGGACGUCUUGCGGCUGAGAUGACGAUGAUGAAGUACAAAAUCAUAAACACCCAAAAAUUUGGGUGUUUAUGGGGUUUAAACCCAAUAAACCCAAAACACCCGGUUUUUACCCACCAGACUUUAAACCCACCCAGGUGGAUUGCCCAUCU